AGGAAAAGUAACAAUUAAUAUUUAAAGAAUUGGAAUGAAAAUCAUACCUUAAAAAAAAGAGAGAGAGAGAGAGAGAGUAACAACUAACAAGUAAUAUAUUUAUUAAGAGAAUACUAAAAACCAUUUCUCAUUAACAAGAAAAACAACCAUUUGGAGCUAAUAACCCAAAAUUUGAGCGGUAGGGACAUAAAUCCUUAGCCAAGAAACCUAUUAGUCUAUUUUCAUCACCUAUUUUAGCAAAAAUUAAGGAUAACAAAAAGAUUCUAUUGAACAAAUAUUUUUUGUAAACACUAUAACAAAUUAUAACAGCUUAUUCCCCCAUAGUUGAUAGUAUAAACCCUUUCAUAUUAUUUAUUUUCCGAAGAUCAUUCCCUUCCCUACAAUCUCACCAACCACCUAAUCCAAACCCUCCUAAUUCUGUUAUCCCUACCAAAGCAAACCAAUUCUAAUCUCCCUCCUAAAAACACCAAACCCCUUUGUCUCAAGCUAGCACAUACGUGCAACCCAUAAUGGCUCCAACUCUCUCACCUCCUUAGACAGCUUGAGGUGACUUCCACCGUUUGCACCCAUCAACAUAGAAAAAGACAGGAUGGCCUUUAGGAACAACACACCAAUUCUUGGCCUCCUGUCUUUGCCUUUCCCUUUGCUUUUGUUUCUUGUUACCACCACCCCCCAGCAUGCUAUUAUCUCCGCCGUCAUUGCCGCCACCACCACCACCACCACUACCUCCACUGAUAACUCAGGUGUCCACUUUGACGUGAUUAAGAAGAUUGUACCAGACAUUCCUUCGUUCAGGGAAGCCCCAGAAUUUCGCAAUGGCGACACAUGCAACCAAGAUAGGAUCCACAUUUCCAUGACAUUGGACUCAAACUACCUGAGGGGCACCAUGGCAGCAGUCCUCUCCAUUUUGCAACAUUCUGCAUGCCCAGAAAACGUUGAGUUCCAUUUCCUAUGGUCAAGGUUUGAACCCCAAGUGUUUUUUAGCAUCAAAUCCACCUUCCCUUACCUCAAAUUCAAGAUAUAUCGCUUUGAAGCCAACAGGGUACGUGGAAAGAUAUCGAAAUCCAUUCGCCAAGCGUUGGAUCAACCUCUAAACUAUGCAAGAAUUUACCUAUCAGACAUACUCCCUGGCUAUGUUAAAAGGGUAAUCUACCUUGACUCAGAUAUUGUGGUUGUGGAUGACAUUGCCAAGCUUUGGGAGGUUGACUUGGAAGGCAAGGUACUCGCUGCGCCGGAGUAUUGCCAUGCGAAUUUCACAGAGUACUUCACAGACUUGUUCUGGAAUGAUCCUGUUCUAUCAAAGACAUUUGAAGGAAGGAAGCCUUGCUACUUCAACACCGGGGUUAUGGUGAUGGAUGUUGAUCAAUGGAGGGAAGGAAAGUACACACAAAAGGUGGAGGAGUGGAUGGCGGUUCAAAAGCAAAAGAGGAUAUACCAUUUAGGAUCAUUGCCACCAUUUCUUCUUGUUUUGGCUGGAGAAUUGAAGAGUGUAGAUCAUAGGUGGAACCAACAUGGGUUAGGAGGGGACAACCUUGAAGGUAAAUGUAGGAGCCUCCAUCCUGGCCCUAUUAGUUUGCUUCAUUGGAGUGGGAAAGGUAAGCCUUGGUUGAGAUUGGAUUCAAGAAAGCCUUGUACUGUGGAUCAUUUGUGGGCACCCUAUGAUCUCUAUCGUCCAAAUAUUCAUCACUUUGAAGAAUGAAUCAUGAAAAUGCAUUCAGGUCAUGAAGGGGAUAGAGAUGGAUAUGAAUUCAUCACUUAUGCCAAGUAAUUUGUAUUUCCAUUAUAUUAAUUUGUCACUAUAUUACUGUACACCAAAAAUCAGCCACCAAAUAAUCAUUCUUAUAGAAUUUCUGUUAGAAUUCGAAGUCCAAGGUCAUUGAAAUUAUGUAAAACAACGCUAUAUAUUCAAAUAUAUGAUGGUUGAUUUUUGGUGUGCAGAUAAUUGUUUUUAUUAACCUGGCAUAAGUGAAAGUAAAUAAGGUUUUUAAGCGGUUUGGUGUGGAAACUAAAAGGGGAGAAGGAAGAUCAAGGCUUUGUCAUUCAAAGGAAUACAAAAGGCAAUAGAGUAUUUUGAGAAGUGUUGGUUCUGUUUUGGUUUUUUUUUUUUUUAAUGUUUUAUUUU